CACUGUGUUCGCCUCCACUGUGGCGCGAUGAAAAUUAUCGGAUUUCUUCUCGCGAUCCAUUUGACAAGUACCACUCAAUACUCUCCGUCAGUGAAAAUGGUGAAGGAAGGCGAAGAGACUGUCAUAGACUGCUCACUGACAGCAAGAGAGGGGGUAUAUUGGUUUUUCCAGCCCGAAAAUUCGAAGCUAGAAUUCCUGCUGUAUUUUUCUGCCGUUGACAAAAUACACCCUAGAACUGACCCCAGAUAUGACUGCAGAAGAUCCUUCAGCAAGGUUUCUCUGAUCGUCAAAAAUUUCACAAAGAAAGACUGUGGAAAGUAUUACUGCGUUACGCUGAAGAACCUGGCUAUGGAAUUCGGUAACAUGGUCGCUCGGUGUCUGGAAGAGGUUAAAACCACUCCAAAGGCAACGACGGCCCUUACUACUUCGUCAAAAGCAACAACAGCCGCACCAACAAGCGAAGAAAAGCCUCCUUGCACUCCGACCAAGUCAGCGAUGAACGAAGAUAAAAUAUCCUGCCACUUGUUCGUCUGGGCUCCACUGACGGGCGCCGCCUCUCUGCUGUUCCUCGCACUGAUCUUCGUCUCCGUUCUUUACUGCAAAAGGCCCCGCCGGAGACGCUGUCAGCAUCAAUUCAGAAAGAGACCAAUACCUGAAGAUGUUAGAAGACCACUAAAUAACUACCAUUAACAAGUUGAUCCCUGAAAAUAUGUGCAGCCCAAGAUGGAAUCAUAAGAAUUCACCUCUCCACCUUAGAAAAAUAAACGGGACUGCGUUGGAAUGAGAGUGCAACCGACGGAGAUCUCCUCGGCCGGACUUCGCGAGUGCAUACUGUCUAUUGAUUACCCUUUCCAUUCUUUUUAAGAUGCCUUAGCUAACGAACACUAACGCUUGUUCCAUGAAUAUGGACUAAUGACCAGUACUAUUGGUUUUCCCUCAGAAGUGUUUAAGAACGAAUUCAUUUAUAGAAUGUGAAUCUGCGGGUCUUUUUUAAAUCGUUUUUUUUUUACAAUUAUUCGGGAUUCCUGGCCAAAAUCCAAAUCCUCACCUCACCUAUUGGUGUUGAACAAGGCCGAGCCCCUAGCGUUGUACAUCUCCCAGACAGGUGGGGCCAGCCGUUUCACAAUCGACAGACCACAUUUUCAACGUGAGGUGAGUCCGACCUUGGGUUCCUCAACUAUCACAAGCCUAAUAAAAAUUGCAGUCGACGACACAGUUGUACUAACACGUGGCCGAAAUAAUUACCCUGCGAGUUUUGCACUUUAGAGGGUGGGGUCUGUGAUUUGGCUUCAGGGAGGGAAGGGCUGAGCAGAGAGAUCUGGAACCUCAGGAUAGUUCGUGUUCGUUAUCAUUUCCUCUCUGGUCCUGGAGUUGCCUCGUCUCCCAGACAGUGAAGAAGCCAGUCCCGGGGAGGGUGAUGGGGUUGGGACUUCAGAACGUGUGUGUUUCUGUAAACGGGUCUCUCAUUCCAGUCAUCUCGUUCACACCUUUAUAAUUGGAUUUAAUCAGUUUUGCGGGAGGAGUGCGGACGCACUCAGGACGCUUGGACCAAACAUGAUCCAAAGCAAUUCAUAUCGAGAGAUACGACGUGAUUGCGUCCCUGUAUUAUUUUUGUGUGAUUAUUCCAAUGAAACAUAAUGCCACAUUUUUUAGAAACCCCGCUCUUUGCCAGGGCUUGCGCAUUGUUUAGUAAUCGUUCACGUGUAACCUGAGAAAUCCUAUUACUUCGCCGCAUCCCAAGCUGUUCGUUCUUGGUGCUUGCCGAUUCUUGACUUCUGGCUAAUUUGAAACGAGUCGGAUGUAGCUGUUGAGACAAUAAACCCUUCA